AUGGUCAAGGCUCUGGACUCCAUCUCCAGCACAGAGAGGGGGGCCCGCGUGCGGCGGCCCAGCGCAGGGACCGACGGCUCCGCGCGCGCCUCCCGCCCGGCGUCGGAGGCACCGGCGUGGCCUCGGGCUCGCGCGGGUGACUCACUGCGGGCGUCGCGGGCCCGGAGAGCCGGGGCGCGGGUCACGCCCUCGCGACGCCCAGAGGCCGGCGGACCCCGCCGGGCCCGGCAGGAAGGACCGAGGCCGGCGGGACCCCGGACGCCGCAGAGCUCGCCCGAGCCCCGGACCCCCUCCGCGGGCGGCCCCGGCCCCUCAGGCCCGCGCGGCCCCGCACCGCUCCGGCCCGCCACAGCCGCCGCCGCCCGCCGCAGGCCCGCGCGGCCCCGCCCGCCCUCUCCUCACGCCGGAAACCGCGGGCGGAAGCGCGGCGAGACGGCCGCUUCCUUCCCGUUCCCCCGCGGCUGCUCGCGGCUCCCCCGUCGCCGCCCGCGCCCGCGCCCGCGCCCGCGCCGCUCACCGCCGCGGUCCCGGCCGGCUCCAGCCCCCAGCGCCUGGCCCGCGUCGCGCCCGCUGCGCCGGCCCGCUCACUUCCGGUUCCCGGGGGCGGGGCCGCAUCCGGGACCGCGCGAGGCCACGCCCCCUGCGGGCGCGCGCCGGCCGCCCGGCGAGCCUGGCCCUCCUGGGUCCACCCGCACCGGCCGCACCUCCCUCGCCGUCCUCCCACCUCCCGUCCCGGCCUUCCACCCGCCCUCCACCCCGCGCCCCUGCCCGCCCUCCACCCGCCCUCCACCCCGCGCCCCUGCCCGCCCUCCACCCCGCGCCCCCGCCCGCCCUCCACCCGCCCUCCACCCCGCGCCCCCGCCCGCCCUCCACCCGCCCUCCACCCCGCGCCCCUGCCCGCCCUCCACCCGCCCUCCACCCCGCGCCCCUGCCCGCCCUCCACCCGCCCUCCACCCCGCGCCCCUGCCCGCCCUCCACCCCGCGCCCCCGCCCGCCCUCCACCCGCCCUCCACCCCGCGCCCCUGCCCGCCCUCCACCCGCCCUCCAUCCCGCGCCCCUGCCCGCCCUCCACCCCGCGCCCCCGCCCGCCCUCCACCCCGCGCCCCCGCCCGCCCUCCACCCGCCCUCCACCCCGCGCCCCCGCCCGCCCUCCACCCGCCCUCCACCCCGCGCCCCCGCCCGCCCUCCACCCGCCCUCCACCCCGCGCCCCCGCCCGCCCUCCACCCGCCCUCCACCCCGCGCCCCGCCCGCCCUCCACCCGCCCUCCACCCCGCGCCCCUGCCCGCCCUCCACCCCGCUCCCCUGCCCGCCCUCCACCCCGCGCCCCUGCCCGCCCUGCACCCCGCGCCCCUGCCCGCCCUCCACCCCGCGCCCCUGCCCGCCCUCCACCUGCCCUCCACCCUGCGCCCCUGCCCGCCCUCCAUCCAUCCUCUACCCCGCGCCCCUGCCCGCCCUCCAUCCACCCUGCACCCCGCGCCCCUGCCCGCUCUCCACCCUCCACCUCACCCACCCGUCCACAAAAGGCCUGA